CCCGCCAUAAAACGUAAUACGUAAGGCGUCUUUCAGCCAGCAGUCAUGACGUGAACAUAAGGAGAAAUCACCUUACGCCGCGAUUGAAAAGCCCUGCCUAAUAGAGUAAGGCACUAAGAGACGAGAGGUAGGUAUGUAUUAGAGUCGAGUACAUAUCUGACUGUUUCUUCUUCGUCUUCUUUCCUUUCCUUUCUUAUCAUCCCCAAUUGCGUGUAGACCACGAUUAAUUCCGGGCCGUUUGUAUCUCGAGUUUCUUGACGACUUCCGCUGCACAGGCUUGACGUCAGUAGCCGUCAGACAUCAAUCAUAAUAAAAGACCUCAAUUCAUACAUAAGUCCCGGACUUCAGAGCUAGACAUAUAUAAUUUGGCCACUUCCGUAGAUCCCGAACUUCCCAAUUGCCUGUCUAGGGGCUAUUAUUUAUCGUCAAGAUGAGAUAUUCAACUACUCUAUUGCCCCUCGCGGCCACAGCCGCCGCAUUCGUGGUCCCCGAUGAAGCCACCGCUCAGCAGCUCGUCUUAGAGCCCGAGCAGCAGCAGCAGGCAGAGAAGCCCGUAUCGUCAUGGUGGGACCGCACCCAUAGCCUUAACGACUUCCUCUCAUCUGUGGAAAACACUUUCGAGACUGCCCUCGACGCUCUCGAGAAGCAGGCCAGCAAGCUGAGCAGCUCGCUCCCCAGAGUGGAGUUCGAAGUCGGAUCCGAGAUUACCGAAUUCCUCGCCCCCUCCGACUACGCCGUCCCGGGGCACGGACACGGACGAUGGCACGCCACGAAUCUGACCGUGUACCAAGUCAUCAAGGCCUCCAACUACACCAAGGAGUUCGCGGCUCUGGUCGAUGAUUACCCCGACCUAGUCGACAAGCUUAACAGCACCUCGGCUAACAUCACCGCCUUCGUCCCUACGAAUCGCGCUUUCGAAAAGGUUCCCAAAGAUCAUAAGCCGCCUAAGGAGUUCAUCGAGAAGUUGAUCAAGUACCACGUCGUUCCCGGCUUCUACCCCGCCGGCCGUGUGCUCGCCCACCACACCCUGCCGACUGCCUUAGAAGAGGAGGCGCUUGGUGGACGCCCUCAGCGACUACGGGUUAGUGUCGGGUUAUUCGGCGUGAAGCUGAACUUCUUCAGCAAGAUCGUCUACGCAAACCUGCGCACCGCCAACGGCGUCCUCCACGGCGUCGACAACAUCCUAGUCCCGCCACCCCCCGCCAAAGUAUUAAUCUCCCUCUUCCCAAGCAAAUUCUCCACUCUCGAGCUCGCAGCCGAGAAGACAGGACUCAAACACCACCACGGCGACGAAGACGCGCACCACCAUGACAAGCUAACCGGCCUAACACUCUUCGCGCCCACCAACACGGCCUUCCAGCGCCUCGGACCCGCCGCCAACGCCUUCCUGUUCAACACCGGCAAGGGCCUGCACUACCUACGCGCGCUUCUGGAAUACCACAUCGUGGCCAACGAGACGCUGUACUCGGACGCGUACUACGGCCAGAAGAAAGCCGCGGGUUUCGCGCCGAGCCUGGAUUUAGCGUAUACCGCCGGCGCUGCUGACGCGGCCGAGAAGAAGGAGGAGGAAGAUGGUGCUGAGACGAAGGGCGCUGCUAAGCACUACCACCUCGACCUCCCGACUCUGCUUGACGACGCGCAUCUCGCGGUGGAUAUCACGCGCUGGUACGGGUUUAUCACUAUCAAAGUUAACGGACACGUCGGUGUCGCGAUCCAAGACGGCCUCGCCCGGAAUGGCGUGUUGCAGGUCGUCGACCACAUCUUGGUUCCGCCGCGUAACCACCACAAGGGCGCCUGGGACGGGGAGGUCGAGGGCGAGAUUAGUGUUGAGGAGUUGGUUGAGAGGUUAGAGCCUUUUGUUAAGAAGGGUGUUGUCGGGGGCGAGGCUGGGGAGGAGGGUGUUGGUGAGUUGUAGGUAGGUGUGAGGUGAAACUGGGGAUCUGGAAAGGGUUUGGUGUUCCUUCGAUGAGUAGGUACCUACCUAGGUAUACGAACGGGAAAAGGGAAAAGCAUGUUUGGUAGAAACGCCUCUCUAUAUUAUGAAAAUUAGAGGGGAAAAGAGUGUUAGAGUAACGCUUAUUGAUGAACAUGUAUGUAUGCAGAAUUACGCAUUGAAAGCGACAUUCAUUAGGUUCAGUUUCCACACGAGCAUCAUCUUAGUUUAGGUAGGCUUGUGAAGAUUUGGUUUGGUUUGGUUUGGUUUAGACAAAUAGGUACAACAACAAAACUACCACUCCAAGUAUCUCAACAGCCCUUCCAGGUUUCCCAUCCUCACCUUUACCCCUACCCCCCCAAAAUCGCAUCAACAAGCCUAACCCUCCCA